AUGGAGUGUUCUUCAGACCAAAAGCGCCAUGAGCUUCCAGAACUGGAUUUUGGUCCCGUGUUAGCUUUGCAGUCAUCCCUCGAAGGGAUCGGCACAGAGACCAGCAACAUUGGAUUUGCACGGAAGCCAAAACCGCUGGUGUAUAAAGCCCGUCCGAAAGGGAGUGCCUUGGAGAUACAAUCGACAUUACCAUCAUAUGGACCAAGAGAAUUACCACCCAGUCCUUCGUCCACGCGUCCGGCCAAGGGAGAGCUCGAUAUACCAAUACUCCGAGGGUUUCCCGGCAGAGAGAUUCUCGGCGCUGUGACAGAUGAAGACCAAUGGGCUGCCGACUUGGAGAAAUCAAAGUCCCCUGGUUGGCCUCACGAUUUGGGUCUGUCGGAGACCAUCUUCCAUCAGCAUCCUCUGGCUGAUGAGAUGGGCUUAUCCAUUGAACAUCAAGCACUUCUGGGGUUGAUUAUCCCAGAGCAAAAGACGACCAGGAACAAGACUAAUGACUAUGAGGCUGAUGAAGAAAACUCAGAAAACGAAAGACAGGCCUUGGACCACAUUCAAGGAACAGUGUCGGCUACCGCCAUCCGUUCUCUUGGCAAGAGAGUCAAGUCUUUGACCAAGAUGAAAAGCGCCUCCAAGUUGCCGCACAGCAGCAGCAUGGCGACCAUGGCUGAGCUGCUGAUAGACUUUUCACCGCCUCCUCCUAUACCGAGCGAUCACCGUCCCAGCUUUCUUCGUGCGGCUAAGUCAGCAUCCUCGCUACGAUCAAAACAGGCAGCCCCGAGUGCUACAACCUUGAGAUCCAAGCGCAGCAUAGGCAUAGACAAAUCUCUCAUCUCGCAACCGAUACAGCCCCGCGAAGAACCCAGGUUGACCAGGUCUGAAACUACUCUAACAGGAUUUCAAAAAUCGUCGUCGUCACUCAGUCUGCCCCCUGUGAAUUUGCUCGUCUCAGCAGCCUCGGCAGACUUGGGAGUGCUUUCGAGACAACACCCAUCAUCGCCUAUCAUGCCACAGGCUCUUGGCUUGAAGGAGUUUAGGGCCGUGAAAGAGGUGACUUAUGGCUUGGCACGACCGCGCCUGUCGCCGAUGGAGUAUGUACGCAGGUUCCUCAUCGAGCAGGCAAAGGCUGCCCGUGAAGGGCGAGAUUGCAAUAUUGCAAGACCGGAACUCACCAGUUUCUUCACAAAGGACGACGAAAGAUUCAUUCUGAUUCCAAAGAUUCCUGCGUCUGCGAUGUACCUCACUCCUCAGACCCCUCUUACUCAAAGCUCCAUUCAAAAACCCAAACUUCAUCUCAGGCCUAUUGCCAAGCCUGUGGUGAAGGGCCCGAGGACCCGCGCCCGCAAUCCGGGCCCCUCAAAGCUCAACAUAAUCACGUCAGCGGUUUCCGACGACGAACCAGAGAAGGAAGAAACCCAAGGCGCCCGCGAAAUAUCUGUCAAUCCCAGCAAACCAGACGGGCGGCCUCAGGAAGAGCUGUGCACAACCCAAAUCCCAACACCUGAGAAGCACAGUCGUCUGAGCGACUCACUACUCCGGACACUGCGACCAACUAGCCCUACUUUAUCUGCUGGUCACCACCUAUCAGAUCAAACCCACUUCGUUGACAUCACGGCAGUACCAGCGCCUCUCAGGCUACUAGGACCAAAGCGCAACAAUCCGUUGCCGAGGGACAUUCAAGCGCUCUCCACAGCCAUACGCGAAGACAUAUCCAGGGACUCUGAUGCUGCUUCGACGCGUUCUAACGAAAGUGCUGUGACAAUACUGCGCAACGGAAAGCCGAUUCAUCCCAGAAACGCUACGUUUUCGGUUGAACAACCAAAGGAAAGAGGAACUACCGUCACCAGCAUCAUGGCAGAACCCGAAGGAAAGGGUUGCAACGAAGGCCACCAGACCAAGGAGGGCAAGAGCGAAAACACUGACUUCCCGGAGGAGGCCAUUGGACAACCCGAACCGGACGCUGGCCCUAUGAUCCAAGCAGUUUCCUCGGAUAUGGAUCGGCCGACUAGUCUGAUCAUUCCACCCGCCCUGCAGCAAUAUUUUGAUGAGCUUACUGAGAAGCACAACUCUUCGAAAGACAAGGCUCAAUCCCCUACACCAUCCCCCAAGUCCAGGGACAUUACUUCUGUGGAGGAGAGCACAGUGGAAAAUGACGCACCUAUCUCGGAUCAAGGCAAGACCGCGUCAGCUGCAACAGACGUUCAGUCACACAGCGGCCAAGGCAAGCCUUCAGCCGGUGCCUCGUCCAGCACAUCGAAUCCUGGUGCGAAACCACGCAAGUCUAAACCCACUCGUCCUGUGCGUUUCCCCAAGAUAAACGUUGCGGAUUGGGGACCUCCGCCAACACCCCCUCCGAACAAGCCAUUGCCGCCCCUGCCAAACCGACCACCAAACCGCCGCUUCAUGGCUUCUCCUUCGACUCCCUUGCCAACUUCUUCACACAAAAAACGACCAAUGGCAUCUGUAGCCCCAGCCUCGUCUGGAUCUCCAGUCAUACCAAAAAAGGCGCUCGUCAAGUCGCUGUCCGAGGCACCCCUCCGACAGCCCUCGCCUCGCAACCAGACUCAAAUCACCGACUUCUUCCAGAGUGCAGGAGAGGUGAAAGAACAGAGGCACAGAAUUGAAACCAAGGACGUCAACAGGACCAAACUUCAAGGUCCCAGUCCGUCAUCCAUAGUGCAACGCCUGCAGAGGAGGAUCUACGAGCUGGAGGAUGCUGCCAGGGCCCAGGUCAAGGAACGAACUAACGGCGGACAAACUGUCCAAAGCCUCGCAAACCCAGUUCAAGUUCAGACCAACAAAAGCUCGGAAGACGACGACGAGGAGGAGGACUCUAUCAUGGUUGUUCGUGUGGAGGACUUUACGUACCGACCUCCAACUACUAAUCCAGCCAAGACACAACCGCCAAUGUCGACCCUCGGGGGAGGCAUCUACAGUGACCCACAGCCUUUCAGGAACAUGGCAAUGGUCAAUACUUAUUCAGCGUACGAUCACAGGCCCCAAAAUGGUCAUCAAGAGAAUACGCCCAAGUCGCGAAUCCCGAUCAGAGCAACAACAACGCCGUCAUUUGGGCCACCAGCCGCGAAAUGCAGUCCGCCGGGCCUUGUUGAGAAGCAGAGCAUCAGCCAGAUGCGUAGCGUAUUGCCUGCGCCUUCACUCUACCAAACAUCAAGUUCAAAGAACCUCGCGCCUGGGGUGGCAGAGAUUCCAAGAUCUCUGGCAGAAUCGACUGGUCACAUCAUGCCAGGCAACCCCCCAAUCUCCUCUAAGAAGACGCAGGAUGCUACAGGUCGUUUUGGUUUCGAUGCCGAAGAGCCUACCGAUGUCCCAGCCUAG